GAAACCACUUUAAGACUAACUUCCCUUGUACGCAUGCGUGCAAAGUGUCAACAAACAAGAUGGCCGGAUAUCAACAGAGAUUAAAGCAGUUCCAAGAAAUCUUGGAUGCUGAUGUUAUCAAUUUGAAGUCUCUAAAAUCAUUGUCUUUUUCAAGCGAUAUUUCUAAACUACCUCCCGCGAGAGAGGGCACAGUGGCCAAAAGUGCUGCAGAAACAAAGGAAACUGUACCAGCAGUAUAUGGAAGAAAUUAUCAUAUUGCCAGGCAAAAAGAUGAAAUCACAAGCAUCUGCCAGCGGAGAACUGGGCGACCAUCCUUUGAACCCUGCGAUUAUGUCCCGAUCUGUCGUUCUUCCAACAAGCCACAGAGUACCCAUGUGAAGAGCUGGUCAACGCCUCGUCCAACGUGGAGAACUUGAGAAAACGCGUGGAGCACUGCGUCCUUCAGUCAGAGACCGUCUCCAAGAAUCGACUAGGAAUCACCUUCAAUGCCGUGUCGAGGAAACGCACUCAGAGUGAUGAGUACGCCGUUCUGCCCGACGGGAAGGAAGCUCACUGGGAGGUGGUGGAGAGGAUUCUCUUCCUGUACGCAAAACUCAACCCCGGUCUGGGUUAUGUUCAGGGAAUGAAUGAGAUCUUAGGCCCCAUAUACUACACCUUUGCCACAGAUCCAGAUCAGGGCUACAGAGAAUCUGCGGAGGCGGACUCCUUCUUUUGCUUCACGUGUCUCAUGGGAGAAAUCCGAGACUUCUUCAUAAAGACCCUGGACGACGCUCCUUGUGGCAUUGGGAGCAAAAUGAACCAGCUCAUGGCCAUGGUGCAAAAGUACGACCGCCCGUUGUGGCAACGGCUGGAAGACCAGGAGCUGAGACCCCAGUUUUUUGCCUUCCGGUGGAUCACACUGCUGCUCUCUCAGGAAUUUCAGUUGCCCGAGGUGCUGAGGAUAUGGGACUCCCUAUUUGCGGACAAGGACAGAUUCGACUUCCUUAUUUACGUCUGCUGUGCAAUGCUCGUUUCUAUUCGACACGAACUGCUGCGUGGAGACUUCCCUAACAACAUGAAACUUGUUCAGUGCGUGGUGAUGGGUGCGAAUGCCAUGUGUGUGCCGAGUGAUUUUCAAAGGACGCCAUUUUUUCAAGCUCAACCUACAUGCCAUCUUCCACUUCCUGUCGGGUGCUCAGUCAAAAUGUCCUCGGGUCGUCGAGAGAUGAGAAGACUUAUUUAUAAAUAAGUGCAUUUUUUGGAGUGUGUGAGGGUCCAUAUGUCUUUUUUUUCGUGUGCAAUGACUUAUCGUCAGCUUUUCUUUUCAUUUUCUCGUCCAUGAUACCUUAA